ACCUCACCAGUGCAGUUGGAGGCGCCAGUACCACCAUCGGAGGAUGAAUCUAGCGGCACCGAAGAGCCGGUGGCCGACCCGCAGGCGGAUCCCUUUAUCGCGCCACCUGUAGAGGACAUGAAGACAGGCCGCGUGAUCGAGCGGCGAAUUCAGGAUCACCGCAUCUGGCGCCUGGCACCCUUCAAUUUCGAGAAGUAUCCUGGCAUGCGAAGUAACGUUCCAUCUGACAAGAUGGCCUGGACAGUGAGUUAA